AUGGAGCCUAAGAUCGUGGUUCAGCUGUUCAGCUCCUCCUACCACCACUGUGAGUCAUUGAGGAUGACCUCCAUGGCCAAGGGUGCAGACAUGUCUGCUGCCAGCAAUCUGCGAGCUGAAGAUCAGUUUCUGUGCUCCAUCUGUCUGGAUGUGUUCACUGAUCCAGUCAGCACACCAUGUGGACACAACUACUGUAAAAAAUGCAUCACUCAGCACUGGAAUGUUAAUCCCAGACGUCAGUGCCCCAUGUGUAAAGAGACUUUUGACACUAGACCUAAGCUGAGAGUCAACACCUUCAUCUCUGAGAUGGUCGCUCAGUUCAGACAUGAAGCUCAGCAGAAAGGCAACAGCUCAGACCAAGAAGCUGCCAAACCAGAAGAAGUUCCUUCUGUCUGGAAGCUGCUGUUUCAGAAAGCCUUUAAGAUGUUUUCAUCAUGGAAAACUCUGAAGUCCAGCCUGCCAUGGUGUUUGCUCUGUCUGGCAUGUCUGAUAGGCCUCAUAUAUCAGCUGAUGGAGCCUGUGGACAACCUGGAAGACAGGAUGUGUACAAAACACAACAAACCUCUGGAGCUGUUCUGUAAGACCGACCAGACAUGUGUCUGUGUGCUCUGCUCUGUUUUAGACCACAAGAACCAUGAGCUUGUUCCUCUGAGUGAAGAAUAUGAAGGAAAGAAGGCAGAGCUGAGGAAGACAGAGGCUAGAAUUCAGCAGAUGAUCCAGAAGAGACGACUGAAGAUUAAGAAGAUCAAAAAGUCAAUGAAGAUGAGUAAAAAUGCUGCAGACAGAGAGAAAGCAGAAGGUGUUCAGGUCUUCACUGCUCUGAUGGAGCCUAUUAAAAAAGGCCUUAAGGAGCUCAUAAAGGAGAUCGAAGACAAACAGGAAACAACAGAGAAACAGGCUGAUGGUUUCAUCAGAGAUCUGGAACAGGAAAUCUCUGAGCUGAUGAAGAGAAGCUCUGAGGUGGAGCAGCUCUCACACUCUGAAGACCACCUCCACCUCCUCCAAAGCUUCUCAUCUCUGAAAGCUGCUUUACCCACCAAGGACCGGACAGAGGUCAGCAUCCGUCCACCAUCGUAUGAGGGGACUGUGGUGAGAGCUGUGGCUCAGCUGGAGGAGAGACUCAGGAAAGACACAAGGAAGUUGUUUGAGGCUGAGCUGAAGAGGGUCCAGCAGUAUGCAGUAGAUGUGACUCUUGAUCCUGAUACAGCAAAUCCUGAACUCAUCCUGUCUGAUGAUGGAAAACAAGUGAAUCAUGGUGAUGUCUGGAAGAAUCUUCCAGAUAAUCCAGAGAGAUUUUCUUACUGUGUUUGUGUUUUAGGAACUCAGAGUUUCUCUUCAGGCAGAUUUUACUUUGAGGUUCAGGUUAAAGGAAAGACUAAGUGGACAUUAGGAGUGGCCACAGAGACGAUCAACAGGAAGGGAAAAAUCACAGUGAGUCCUCAGGAUGGUUUCUGGACUGUGUGGCUGAGAAACGGAAAUGAGUACAAAGCUCUUGCUGGCCCUUCAGUCCGUCUCUCUCUUCAGUCUGCUCCUGAGAAGGUGGGGGUGUUUGUGGAUUAUGAGGAGGGUCUGGUCUCCUUUUAUGAUGUAGAUGCUGCAGCUCUGAUCUACUCCUUUACUGGCUGCUCCUUCACUCACAAACUCCACCCAUUCUUCAGUCCUUGUCAUAGUGCACAUGGUAAAAACUCUGCUCCUCUGAUCAUCAGUCCUGUCAAUCCCAGUCCCUGA